CAGUCCAGCCCUUUCCAACAGCGGAGAAGAUCCAGCCUUAGGUCCCUCCAGGAUGUCGGACACUGAAGAGCAGGACUAUGAGGAGGAGCAGCAGGAAGAAGAGGCUGAGGAGGAGGAAGAGGAAGCCACUGAGGAGCCGGAGCCGGUGGUCGAGCGAGAGCAAGAGAGAGAGGGGUGGGCUCGUCCUGUGGUGCCUCCACUGAUCCCCCCAAAGAUCCCGGAAGGGGAGCGCGUAGACUUCGAUGACAUCCACCGGAAGCGCAUGGAGAAAGAUCUGCUCGAGCUGCAGACGCUCAUCGACGUGCAUUUUGAGCAGCGGAAGAAAGAGGAAGAGGAGCUGAUUGCCCUGAAAGAUCGCAUUGAGCGGCGUCGAGCGGAGAGAGCUGAGCAACAGCGCUUCAGAACGGAGAAGGAGCGGGAGCGGCAGGCCAAGCUGGCGGAGGAAAAGAUGCGCAAAGAAGAAGAAGAGGCCAAGAAGAGAGCAGAGGACGAUGCUAAAAAGAAGAAGGUUCUGUCCAACAUGGGGGCCCACUUUGGGGGUUACCUGGUCAAGGUGAAGUGUGAAACAAUGCUUUAUCAUCCCACCAUCCACCUCGAGGGCAAUGGCUGCCUCAACAUGCUCAGAGAUGAUUGGACGCUGGCCCUCGUGAUAAACUCCAUCACUGAUGGCCUGCAGCAUCUCUUCUUGGAGCCCAGCCCCGAGGACCCCCUGAACAAGGAGGCUGCCGAGGUGCUGCGGAACAACCGACGACGGCUGUUUGAGCAGAAUUUCCUCAAGUUGACAAGAGACUAUGUAACCCCCACCACCGCCCUUCCCCACCCCUGCAGGGACAAGGCCCAGGAGCUCUCCAAUUGGAUCCACCAGCUGGAGUCUGAGAAGUUCGACCUGAUGGAGAAGAUGAAGCAGCAGAGAUAUGAGAUCAACGUGCUGUACAACCGCAUUAGCCACGCCCAGAAGUUCCGUAAGGGGGCAGGGAAGGGCCGUGUGGGAGGCCGCUGGAAAUGAGGACAGCUCGGACGCCCUCACCCCGCCCCCACCUCAGCCUCUGGGAGCCAGCUGAAUGACUGUCCUCUCUGUAGCUCAAAAUAAACGUGCCCUUUGCAGGCACCUCGAAGUC